AUGGCCAGCAUCGUGCACCGUCCGUUGAACCGUUUCCGCAAGUCAGACCACCAGCGUACGUUCCACGAGCGAUGGGGCGAUCUCGCCAUCUCCGCCCCGACAGACGGCGCGUGGAAUCAACUCGACGCCUGCGAUGGACCUGUGUCUCGCAAACGACACAGCCGACAUGGCAGCAUCCCCGAAACAAACAGCUCGCGAGGCUCCUACGCCUCUGACGACGAUGACUACGACGAAGCUCUCAGCCUGACCGACAACAGCCCGGUCCCCUCACGGCAGAACUCGUUUUCCGUGCGCACGUUGGACCCGCGUCGCCUGUCCAUGCGUCUCACCCCGCGGCCGAAAACACCCGCCGACGGCACAAAAGACAAAAAACAAUACCCGUCGUCCGAAAGAGACCGACGGACCGACUUUGCCUACAAGCCCAUCCACCAAGACUACCCCAGCGAGGUGGCCGAAAAGAUGACCCGGCAGAACCCCCACCACUCGUCGUCUCGCUUCCGGUACAUUCCCGCGAACCCGGAGUACUCGGGCCAGCCAGAAACUGCCGGCUCAUGCCAGAGAAUCGACGUGACCUUCGUGCCAAACCCUUGGGAUCCGCCUAUGCUGCGCGACCUUCUAUUUUAG